UAUUAAAAUUUUCAGGUUUGUACUUGUUUGCAAUCACCUUUAAUUAAUAUUAACCUUGUCACCAAUUAAAAAUUAAUAAUUUCAUAUCGGUUGGAGACAGAUAGUUAAGGUCCUUAACGAGAAAUAAAAUCGAUUCAAAUUUCAUCUAUUAAUCAUUUCUAGCAAAGGCCACAAGAACAAAAUGAGAUUUAAAUUAUUCUAUUGUAAAUUAUGGAGUUGAUAUUGAAGUUAUGAUGCAAAUUCAACUGGUUUGUCCUGAACAGUGAAGCAGAAUGAAUCGAGGAUGAAAGGUCAUUUGGAUAGGAUUUAAUUUAAUCCGUCAACAUGGAUCUUAUCGAAGCGUUUCAAUCUUUUGAUGAAUUGAGUGCUCCACCAAGUCGCUUAUUCUUACCAGCGAUUAGUAAAUUUAAGAAUAAAAUCAAUUCCAAUCAAAUCGAUAGCCAAUUGGAUUAUCCAUAUUUCGGUAUAAAUUCAAUCACUGAUCAACCAAUUUUAUCCUUUUAUCUGAAGCAGCCCAAAAUUGGUUUCAUUCUGUCUGCUUUUCUAACCCUUAAUUUGCUGGAUCUGGUUUACAACUUCAUCACUGAUCCAUCAAUCAUUACUGGUGAACUGAUUGUUUAUCUGAUUAAACUGGUCAAUGGUUUGUAUUCGUUGGUAUUGGUCUAUCUGUUUCUAGUUCGGCCAACUCAUGUCAAUGAAUUGAUUACAAUUUGGAAAUCUCUGAGCUUCGGCAAAUAUAAACAAUGUUAUGAGUAUUUCAAUCAUAACAGAAAAAAAUUUCAUAUCGUAAUUUACAUUGUUUAUGUAAUAAUUGGCAUACACGAAUUGAUCCAGUUGUUUUACUCGAAGCAAUCUUUGUUCGGUUAUAUCUUCAACUUUCAAACUGAUCCAAUAAAGACGAUAUUGGCCGGAAUGGUUAGUUAUGGAGGUAUCAUGUUUGCUGAGAUUAUACUUCUGUCUCAAGAUUUGGUUCUCGUUGAUACAUGUUUCCUGGUUUACUCUGCUCUACGCUUUAUAAGAACCAACUUGGGACAGUUUAACAAUAAUACAAUUAAUCGAUCCAUUUUACGGUAUUAUCGUGAAAAGUACACAUUAACCUGCGAUUUAAUCAUUUCGGCAAAUAACUAUUCCAAGCUAUACAUCUUUGCUAUAUACUCAAGUUACACGAUCAUAUUGAUAACUCGAGUCUAUUUUACCUACUUCAUUCCUCGUACAAUCAAAUACGUUUUCAUUGCUUCUUUUUUCCAUUUAAAUCACCUUAUUGAUAUCUCUGUAGUAACUUACCUGUUAACCAAAACACAUUCCUUAGCUCAGCGAGUCCAAGAAGAUUUGUAUCCUUUAACAUUCAAAACAGACAAAAUAUCUUCACUCUAUGAGGUAAUGUUGUUCAUGUAUCGAGUUGGUCGUCAAGAUGUUGGCUUUACAUUCGGUAAUUUAUUUGUGAUGACUCCGAACUUCAUUUCAUCUUUAGUAACCAUUUCAGCAACACUUAUAAUUGCUAUUCCAUCAUUUGUUCCUUAUUCCAAGAAAAGUUAAAUUGAGCACCUAAUUGUGUUUUCUUAAUCUAUUUGUUUUCAAUCCUUGAAUAAUUGUGUAACUGCGUCUCUAAUUAUAGACUUUCAUGUUUUUCUCAAUAAACUUAUGUUGUUAGUUAACAUUCAAAUAUGGCGGUAAAAUGAUCAUUUCAAGGGAGCUUCUUUGUUUCCUUGGAAACAAUGCUCCCCGGAAACGGAAUGUAGUGGCGCUGUUAUAUUUAUUUUGCCAGGCCGCAAAGUAGUGAAGUUAAACAACAUACUUAAUUGUUGUGUUUCUUUAAGUUAAUUUCUUCGGUUAGAUUAAUUAUUUAUUUUUUGUUAAUCAAUUAAUAUUAACUAGUGAAAA